AUGGCGGCGAGGCCGGCGCCACGCAUCGGCAUUUUCGGAGGAGCUGGGGGCGAUACAAAGUUGUCGCCGACAAGGCAUGUGGACAAAGCAUCCACAAGUGUCAAAAUGGGCUCGAGGCGCCGCAAAGCUGAAGCCUUGUCGGCAAAGGAGCUGACGCAAUUGUUGGCCUUGUACGCCAGGCAGUCGCUGUGGCGCUCUGCCGCGGUCCUGCUGGAGGCGCAGGAGGUGAAGGACUUGCCCUUCCUCGGCGCGGCGCUGGCGGUGCUGGAGAAGGGCCGCCAGUGGGCGGCGGCCUGUCAAUUGCUGGAGGACUUUCAACUGCGGAGGCUUUUUCCCGAUGGGGGUGCUUUGGCCUCCGUUCUGAUGGCGUGCGGGCGAGCUGAGCAUUGGCCAGCAGUCUGCCAGUUGCUGGAGCGGGUGAGGUGGGAUGAAUUGAAGACUGCGGACUGGCCGCGCGUCACCACUGCGGCCAUCACAGCUUUCGGCUUCGGACGGUGGAGCAGGGCGCACUGGGCGCUGGAGAAGCUGCGGGCAACUGGCCUCGAGGGCCUGAAAUUGAGCGCGGCGCCGGUGAACGCGGCCAUGCGCUGUGUGCCGGAGAGGAUGGGCAGCUUCUGGCAGAGGGUCCUGGUCUGCGCAGAGGAGCUGAACCUGCGCGGCCCGUGUCCGGAUCAGAUCACGCUGAACACGGCAGUCCAGGCCUGUGCCAGCGCUGCAGCGUGGGAGGCGGCCGUGGCCGCUUUCAAGGCCUCCGCGCUGGCCGUGCGGCCGGACGCCGUGAGCCUCAACACGGCCAUCUCCGCCUGCGCGCGGGCGCGGGAAUGGCAGCGCAGCCUGGGCCUCCUCUUGGAGGGCUCGGUGGCCCCGACGGUGGUGUCCUUCAACGCAGCGACGCGCGCCUGCAAGCUCUGGCAGGCCGGAUCCCCGGAUUCGUUGGGAUGGAUGGACGAGUGGCACGGCGGGCUGCUGCGGAGCUUCUCCAGCGCCACGGGCUACGGCUUCAUCUUCAGCCCCGAGCUGCGGCAGCGCUUCGGGCGUGAUGUGUACGUCCCUGUCUCGCUCCUCCCUCCUGGGAUCUGCUGUGGCGCUAGCGUGCAGUUUACCUUGGCCCUGAAUGACAAGGGGCAGCCGCAAUGCCGGCAGCUCAUAGAGCAGGACACCUCCGAGGCGGACGCCAUGGCCAUGUUUGACAUGCUGCCGCUGGAGGAGCUGGAGCCGGUGGGUGGAAUGUUCCCGGGUCAGACGACACGUGUGCUGUCUUGGAAUAUUCUGGCUCCUUCGCUCUGCUCCGGCGCGUUCUUCAAGGAUUUGCAUCCGGAAGUGUUCCGCUGGCAACGGCGGGCCGCGCAGAUCAAGGCGUUGUUUUUCUCGCUGGCGCCGGAGAUCGUCUGUCUGCAGGAGGUUGAGGUGGAAAGACCUUUGGAGGAGCUGGGCUUGACGGGCUACGCGACCGCGCAGGUGCAGCGGCCCGCCAAGAGUGAUGGCAGCCCUCGGAAGGACGGCUGCAUGGUGGCGUGGAGCCCCCAGAUCUUCGAGCUGGUAAGGCAACAUCAUUUUUGCUAUGAUGACUUCCCUCAGCCCGCCGCGGACGGGGACACGAGCCCGUCAGGACACGUGGCGCUGCUGGUGGAGCUGCGCUCGCGCAGCAGCUGCUGCGCGCCGCUGCUGGUGGCGACCACGCACCUGGCCUGGCGCGAGGAGCGCGAGGAGCUUCGAAGAUGGCAGGCAUCCGUCCUGGUGGAAGCCAUCCACCAGUUUGGGAGUGCCGACGUGGUCAUUUGCGGUGACUUGAAUUGCGUCCCCGGCAGCAGCACCCACGGCUUCCUCAGCGGCUUCUUCCAUUCCGCACACCAGGAUGUGGAGGGCGCCACGGAUGAGCUGGGGCGCUGCACUGCGACCAACGCCUUGGCGCGGGAGGGCCGGGGCUUUGCGGAGAUCAUCGACUACUGCUGGCUGCGUCCGCAAGGUCCUGGACUGGUGCGGCGGCUGCCGCUGCCGUCCCGGGCGAAGCUGCGGCGUCUGUUGCGCAGCGCGCCGGCGCCGGCGCCGCUGCCCACGCUGAUGCAGGGCGGCCACUGGCCCUCGGAUCACUGGCCCAUUGUCGUGGACUUGAGCUUGCGCGGGCCGAGGUGA